CCGGCCUGCCCGCCCCUAACGACUAAGAUGGCGGCCUAGGGGAGAAGCGAGAUGUCGCUGCUGAGACUCUGCUCCUCCCGGAGUUCCGGCCCCGCCACCCUGAGAGAGUUGCUUCUCCUCCCUUCGGGCUGUCACCGUUGUCUGCAGCUCAGGACCCAUCUCGCUGGGAGCCCAGAGCAGUCUUGGGGUUCCUUCAGAAGAAAUUACUCUUCUAUUAUCCCUAAGAAGGAUGAUGGAAAGAAUCAAACCUGGGAGAGAGCUCGUCUGUUACAAGUUCUCAAAGCUCGAAUGCAGCAACUUCAGGCAGAUAAUGUGACUGAAAUGAAAUGUACAGAAGUACAGUUUGUGAACCGAAUAAAUGUCACUCAUCUGGAAAGUCUCAGUGGCAGAAAGAAUCUUACUUUUUUGCCAGAUAGUGAACUUGAAAAAUCUUUUAACCUGAACACUGUAGCUGCAGUAAAAGAAAAGGCAGCCAAAGAACAGAUGGACAAAAAAUGUCACAUAGAAACAAUAGGUCCAAAAACUACCUCAGCUCCAAGCAAAUGGAUAGAAAAAUUAGACAAAGAAAAACACAACAAAACCAAGAGACAACUUAAUAUUGUGAAAAAGAUGAAAGAAUCUCUGCCAUUGUCCAGCAUGAAAAAUGUUACAGGUACUAAGUCCACCGGAACUGGCGGGAAAAGUACAUCAAAAGGCAGUGCUGCAAAGACUCCAGUGACACACACAGCCAGUUCUUCAGUAAUGAGUAGUCCACAUGCAGUUCAUCCAGAUACCAAGUCCAAUGCAGUACAUGAUUUUUCGUUGGAAGAUGUUCUUGCUGAAGUGGAAAACCUUGACCAACAGCUUAACAAAUGGGAGCCUUCUGCUAAAUUGCUGGAAGAUGAAGACGGCAACAAAUAUGGUGACACCCAGCGAAAUAUUUUAUCCUAUGUUGACACUUGUGCAUUCAUCAAUGAUCUGGACAGAGCUCAUCAAUGUGUCAUGUUCCAUCACCGGAUUCUUACUCGCCGGAAGCAGUUGAAUGUUAAGAUUUACAGUGUCUUAAUGCAUCUAUGGGCUAAAAAGGGUUCAUUAAAUCAGAUCGGCAAGCUUUUCACCCUAGUGGAGGAAGCAGGACUGAAGCCUAAUUUGGACUGCUACAUGGCAGCAUUGGAGUGCAUGGGACGCAUGGAAAACUGCUCUUCCCGUGUGAUUGAGAGGUGCCUUCAGCAGCUAAAAGAAGAUGGCUUCACAACACAAGACUUGUUUAAGACUUGUGUGUUCCGGAAAGAUGAAAGAGAAAUGGUAAUGAAAGCCAUUUGUGCUGUAAGCCCUGACUUCCAGCUCCAACCUGAACCUGAAGUGGAGUUUUGCCAGUCUCCAUUAGUGAACCACUUUUAUUCAAAGGUUGAGACUGUCAAAUACCCCAAAUUGCAUCUCUGUGUACAAGAAAUGAAGGAGAGAUUUGAUAGACAACUAAGCAAGGAGCAAGCGGAUACCAUUACUAUUGAUUCUGUUGAAGUAACAAAACCUAUUACAGAGAAGAUGAAAAGAAUGCGCAACCGCCUGACAGAUUUACGUGCCAAGUGGCAAAAAUCUUUACUGCAAGCAUUUCGUGAGUUCAAGCUUCAUUUGGCUGGUGAUAAAAGUUGUUCCUGGAGAAUGAAUCUCUAUCCUUAUCUCUGCCUGCUGGAUGAUAAGGAGUACGUAGACAUCAUGAUACAGAACAUUGCAAACAUCCCUCCAAAUGGAGAGGCAUUACUGACAAUUGCUAAGGAAUUGGGUAACAGAAUCUACAACAAGUACGCAAUACGAAAGAAGAUCAAAAAUGAGAUGGUAGAUAAAAUUAAAGAAAUUUACUAUGCUUACAUUGAACUGUUGGCAAAGGAUUCUGAGCUGAACAACUUCCUGCCUCGUGAGUACUUGAUGAAACUAGAAAGAGAGAUGAAUUUAGGUCCUUCGCUGCUAAGUGAAGAUUCUCCCUGGCCACAUUUUCUCAUUGUACAUUUGGGAACUCAUCUAGUGGAUCUAAUGGUUCGUGAAAUUAAAAUCCCCAUAAACACCCAAAACCCACGUCAUGAGAAGAAAUUUAUUCCUGUCUUGUAUCACAUGUACAGCUUUCGCAGUAACAAACAGAUUGGUUUCAUCAAGCCACAUCCUAUUCUAACUCAGAUUCUUUCAGAAGCUGCAGAGACAACUUUGAUCUUUGACUCCUGUGUCAUGCCAAUGGUGUGUGCCCCUAUUCCAUGGACUUCGCCUAGGUUUGGAGCCUAUGUUCUGACGCCCACCAAAUUAAUGCGGUGCGUGGAAGGAGCUCUACAGCAUCAGUUACUUUUGCAGAAAUGCAAGAGUAGUGACUUGCAUCCAGUACUAGAUUCCCUAAAUCAGCUUGGUAACUGUGCUUGGAAAGUUAACAAACCAAUGCUUGAUUUGAUUAUUUCUAUUUUUAAUGACAAAGGAAGCGAGAAGCUAGAGAUCCCACCUCCACUUUCAGAAGCUCCAGACAUGCCCAAGUUUGAUCCAAAAUCUGAAAUUAGUCCAGCAGCCAAGUCUGUAUUGAAAAAGAAGAUAGCCUGGGCCAGGAAAAGAGCAGCUGAAAUGCACAGCCUUCGAAUGGAUGCGCUUUACAAGCUUUCCAUUGCUAACCAUAUGAGAGAUGAUACAUUCUGGUUUCCUCACAACAUGGACUUCCGAGGAAGAACAUACCCUUGCCCACCAUAUUUUAACCACCUAGGCAGUGAUGUUACUCGUGCCGUCUUGUUGUUUGCAGAAGGAAAGCCCUUGGGCGAACAUGGGUUAAAUUGGUUGAAGAUUCAUCUUGUUAACUUAACUGGCUUUAAGAAAAAGUGCUCCCUCAAAGAGAGACUUGAUUAUGCUGAUGGAGUAAUGGACAACAUCUUGGAUUCGGCAGAUAACCCUUUAACAGGGAGGAAGUGGUGGAUGAAUGCAGAUGAGCCUUGGCAGACGUUGGCCUGCUGCACAGAGAUAGCACAUGCUGUGAGAUCACCUGACCCAACCAAAUACAUCUCUUAUUUCCCAGUCCAUCAGGAUGGAUCUUGUAAUGGUUUGCAACACUAUGCUGCUCUGGGACGUGAUGUGAUUGGUGCAACCUCUGUGAACCUAAAGCCUUGUGAGGUACCACAGGAUGUUUAUAGUGGGGUAGCACUGCAGGUUGAGGAAUUUAGAAAACAAGAUGCUGAAAAAGGUAUAAAAAUUGCUCAAAUCUUGGAAGGCUUCAUUAAUCGUAAAGUUGUGAAACAGACAGUGAUGACUGUGGUGUAUGGUGUGACACGAUUUGGUGGGCGUCUCCAGAUUGAAAAAAGAUUGAAAGAAGUUGAAGAUUUUCCAAAGGACCAUGUGUGGGAUGCUUCUCAUUACUUAGUGCGGCAGGUUUUCAGCAGCUUGAAAGAGAUGUUUACUGGCACCAGGGAAAUUCAGGACUGGCUGACAGAAAGUGCUCGACUGAUUUCAAAAUCAGGAAGCUCAGUGCAGUGGGUGACACCACUGGGGCUACCAAUUGUUCAACCUUACCACAGGACCAGGACUACAUUACUUAGAAGUAAUCUUCAGAAUUUGAAAUUGCAAAUAAGUCAUGAUGCAACUCAACGACCUGACACAGUCAAGCAGAAGAAUGCUUUUGCACCAAAUUUCAUUCAUUCUCUUGAUUCAACUCACAUGAUGCUAACAGCACUCUAUUGCUAUAGUGCUGGAGUAACAUUUGUCUCUGUGCAUGACUGCUUCUGGACGCAUGCAUUUACAGUUGAUGUCAUGAACAAGGUUUGCCGUGAACAGUUUGUAGCCCUGCACAGCCAACCUAUUCUUCGAGAUCUUUCCAAAUUCCUGGUAAACAAAUACCGCUAUAACAUUCCUGCUGAUCGAAAAAGCAAAAAGCUUCAGGACUACCAAAGAAUGAUGGAGCUGCUUUCUAAAGUACUGAAGACAGGUGAAUUUGAUCUAGAGAAGGUAAAAGAAUCUACCUAUUUCUUCAGCUGAAGAUAUCAGAAUGCAGGGAUUAUCAUCUAAGAGUAUCUGCCUUUUCAGCCCAGUAAAAUCCCCCAGCUGCUCACUGGACACAUGAUGGAUCUAUGCUGGGGAAGGAAAUUAUUGUUUCGGUGAAAUGGUUGAAGAAUGUUUUUUUGUACAGUGGAUUUGUAUAAAUCUUUGCACAUUUAUGACACAAUUGAUGAAAACUUGAGAUAAACUACCACAGACAAUGGUUCAACUCCAUUUCUGCCUAAGGAUUGAGUUGCUCAGCGUUGUCAAAAUAAGACCAUCUAGAGGAAUUAAGUAAAAGCUUGUUUCAGAUUUCUUCUAAUUAUGUAUGCCUUGCUAAGUAUUUACUGGAGAAAGCAACCAAGAAUAUUGAACUAUUUUUUUCAUAGCUUCUAUUUCAGUUCUUUGUCAUCCUUUCAUCAGGGCUUACCAAGCUCCAGUUCUGCAAAUGUUUCUUCUCAAGGGCACAGGACACAGCAGAGUGCAGGAUCUUGGGCGAAAAGGGAGGUCAUAGCAUCAUGAGCUGAAUACUUGAGCAGCCGCCCACUAUCCCCCGCCACCUCAAAGUUGUUGCUUCCCACUAAAUGCAAUCCCAUCUCAACUUUUAAUUUGAAAAAUAACAGUGUAAACAUUUUCGAAAGUAAAUUGUUUCUAAUUAAUUUUCAUGCUAUUUUUAGCAACUAUUCUUAGUUUUUUGGGGCCAGCGCCAACUGGUCACAACAGUUACCCUGACUUUAAUAACAUCAUUAUAAUUCAUCAAUCUGGUGAUGGCAUCCAUAAAGUGGAAGAAAAUCCCUACAACUAGAUAAAUGGGGCUUUGAUGAGGACUUGCCCUCCAAUUUCUAGCUUGCUGUGUUUUUUUAUAAAACCAACGGUCCUUAGCAUUGAAACCUCAUCCCACUGGUGUUUUGUGAUACAUUGCGGAGAAAUUCAAGGUUUCUUUUGGUACCAAAAUAUGAUGACUGCAGCUUUCACUGCUUUACAAAUUUUGUGAAAAUCUAUUGUGACCCCCCACCCCCCCAUGCCUGAAAACUAAGAGAUUUUAUUUUGCCUGUUACUUGAAUGAUUCACCUUGUUGGACUUUGUCCGAUUACAGAAAAUUUGAUGUGCUUGUAUUUUUUAUAAUAAAUUGCAAUCCGAAAAAUUA